GUCAAAUCAAUCAUGAACCCCAUAUUCCUUCCCUUCAUUUUUUUCCCACUGGGUGUCCUCAGAGGGAAAGUUGUUGCUUCCCGUGUUCCAUUAGAAUGGUUUAGUGCCUGUCGCGCAACCGCGAGGCACGUGCUGGUCACUAGCGGUCUGAGAUGCUGAACGGCAGGAUACCACCGGGCAGUCACGCGGUUUCCUUCGAGUUUGUGUUUUUUGGCGUUGAUGGACUUUGUGUCUCUGUCUCUCAUUAAGCAGCGUAUCUAAGCUUUGUCAAAGGUGUGUAGUCGUCCUCGUCACGGUUGCGGAAUGCCUCUGAAAGGCUGUAGUGAAACUGCGCCUGGCGCUAGAGACGCAGUUUCGAUUUCCGGUCGAUCAGUUUUCCGGUUGCUUUACCCAGCAGGUUUUCUUUGGAUUCCGUAGGAAUUGCGUACAGCCUCAUUACGUAAUCACCACAGGUUUUUAGGGAACUGUGCUUAGCGGAGAAUAUCUCGGGAAGUCGUCGUGCAGGCUUGCUAACAUCUGAUUGGGUCUCAUGAUCUGUUCAAUCAUGGGAGGCUUGCGGAGCCUGAGGGCAGCGCGGCCAUACAGUCAUCAAUCGAACACUGAGACGAAGCACAUGGGGCUCGUGGGCGUAGCAAGUUUGCUGGUUCUUGUGGCGGAUUGCACCAUAUUCGCAUCGGGACUCAGCUCAAGCACAAGGUCUCGCGAGUCGCAGACGCUGAGUGCUAGCACGUCGGGGAAUCCCUUUCAGGCAAAUGUAGAGAUGAAAACCUUCAUGGAAAGAUUCAACCUAACUCAUCAUCAUCAGUCUGGUAUUUACGUCGACCUUGGACAAGACAAGGAAGUUGAUGGCACAUUAUACCGGGAGCCUGCGGGGUUGUGUCCCAUUUGGGGAAAGCACAUCGAACUCCAGCAGCCGGACCGGCCUCCGUACCGUAACAACUUCUUGGAAGAUGUUCCGACUGAAAAAGAAUACAAACAGUCAGGGAAUCCUUUGCCCGGAGGCUUCAACUUGAAUUUCGUGACGCCUAGCGGGCAGCGAAUUUCACCAUUUCCGAUGGAACUUCUUGAAAAAAAUAGCAACAUCAAGGCGAGUACGGAUCUUGGGAGGUGCGCCGAGUUUGCCUUUAAGACGGUCGCUAUGGAUAAAAACAAUAAGGCGACGAAGUACCGUUACCCAUUUGUUUAUGACUCCAAGAAGCGACUGUGCCACAUCCUCUACGUAUCGAUGCAGCUGAUGGAGGGUAAAAAGUACUGUUCAGUCAAGGGCGAACCUCCAGAUCUCACAUGGUAUUGCUUCAAGCCCCGAAAGAGUGUUACGGAGAAUCAUCAUCUCAUCUACGGAUCGGCCUAUGUUGGAGAGAACCCAGAUGCGUUCAUCAGUAAAUGCCCAAAUCAAGCUCUUCGCGGGUACAGGUUCGGUGUUUGGAAGAAAGGCCGUUGCCUCGACUACACUGAAUUGACCGACACUGUGAUAGAACGUGUUGAGUCAAAGGCACAGUGCUGGGUGAAAACCUUUGAAAACGACGGGGUCGCGAGUGACCAACCCCAUACGUAUCCACUGACGUCGCAAGCAUCAUGGAACGAUUGGUGGCCUCUCCACCAGAGUGACCAACCUCACUCAGGUGGCGUUGGGCGUAAUUACGGUUUCUACUACGUGGACACGACUGGAGAGGGCAAGUGUGCACUCUCUGACCAGGUACCCGACUGCCUGGUGUCGGAUUCUGCCGCCGUGUCGUAUACAGCAGCGGGGAGUUUGUCUGAAGAGACGCCGAAUUUCAUAAUUCCGUCAAAUCCCUCUGUUACUCCGCCAACGCCCGAGACGGCACUUCAGUGCACGGCCGACAAGUUCCCCGACUCUUUCGGUGCCUGCGACGUUCAAGCCUGUAAAAGACAGAAGACGUCCUGCGUUGGCGGACAGAUUCAAAGUACUAGCGUCGACUGCACCGCGGACGAACAAAAUGAAUGUGGCUCUAACACUGCGUUGAUCGCUGGACUCGCCGUAGGAGGGGUUCUGCUGUUGGCUCUUCUAGGAGGAGGCUGCUACUUCGCGAAGAGGUUGGACAGAAACAAAGGCGUCCAGGCGGCUCAUCAUGAACAUGAGUUUCAGUCAGACAGAGGUGCUCGAAAAAAGAGGCCAAGCGAUCUCAUGCAAGAGGCUGAACCGUCGUUUUGGGAUGAGGCAGAGGAGAACAUUGAACAAGAUGGGGAAACACAUGUUAUGGUCGAGGGGGAUUACUAGAGUCAGAAGAAACUGGGUACAGUUUUCCCCUCAGAAUGCAGUCGUUCGAGAACAAGUUUUCUCUUUUUGUUGCCUUGAUCAACAGGACAGUAUAAGUUGUCGGCACAUCAUGCGCACACAUGAACACAUGUAUACUUUGUCUGCGUGCCGAGCUGCUGUGUGUCACCGACCGUCUGUGGUCUGCCUGAGCCAAUAAAUUAUUGCAACGGCUGUUUUUUUAUGGCAGUGUCGUGUGUUGGGAUUCAUGUGCUUACAAAGGAUGUCCCGAUGCCCAGCGUGCGCACAAACGUGCAUUUUUUUAUAUAAGCCUAGUAAAUUGAUUGAGUGCCUGUGCACUUCGUCGAUUCCAAUUCGACCCAUUCAGGAAGGGGAACGCGGUCAGUAAAAUGCCCUGUUGAGUCGUUUUUCUGAUACUGAUUUUCAUGCGGAAAGCGUAGUCAGUGCUAAAUGUACCAUUUGGAAUUUGUCGUAGGUCGACACAAACAGUUGUGAUUACGGUUCUCGACGCUAGUGCGCCAAAUGAAGCUCGCGAAACAAGGUGUGAAGGCUUGAUAUCUGACAACGCAGAACAACGCAGCCGGUUAGUAGGUUGCGCCUGCCCCAGUGAAAUCGUCAGUGCUUUACCGUUUUCAUGUGCGUACCACCGAAGGCGCUUCCGUGUUCUUUCAUGGCGGCUAGGAAAAUCUAUGGAAGGUUAACCUUCCAUUAAGGGUCGGGACGUGCGUAACCAUGCACAAGAACAGCGAUUCCGUAGUGCUGCGUCUUACGCUGUUGACAUUAUGUCGCCAACUACCAUAUCGUGUUAAACGUACAGAAGACCGCCACUUCUACGCGCGAAAGAACAGACUGAAUUUCGGUGCUACGACUGCGGGACAGUGAAGGAACACAGAGCUAGCAGCUUGUGAGUCCGUUGUCCCUGGAACCGAACAGUACCAUGCGAAUGAUUUCAUCGGACACUUGGUUGUCUGUUGACGAGAGUACUGUGGCUGGUGCACCGUAUUCGAGUGGAACACACUGCCCGUUGGACAAUCCUCCAAUCGCUGCUGCGCGCG